CUGUCCCCUCGUGCUGUUCCCUGUGUCUUCCUUGGCUUCCCCCCUGACGCGCCGGGCUGGCAGUUCUACCACCCCACCUCGCGCCGUGUUCUGUCCUCCCAGGACGUCACGUUUGACGAGUCGGUUCCCUACUACCGUCUCUUCCCCUACCGCACUGCGUCCCUCCCCCCCGCGCCGCUCUUCCUUACGCCAGUCGACCCUGUCGAGGUAGCUGUUGACUCUGGUGUUGCUAGGGGUGCUGAGCCUGCAGGUGCUGGGUCUGGGGGUGCUGACUCUGGGGGUGCUGAGCCUGGGGGUGCUGACUCUGGGGGUGCUGAGCCUGGGGGUGCUGACUCUGGGGGUACUGCGCCUGGGGGUGCUGAUCCUGGGGGUGCUACGCCUGGGGGUUCUGAGCCUGGGGGUGCUGCGUCUGGGGGUGCGGAGACUGAGGGUACUGGACCUGCUCGUGUGGCGUCAGGCGGUGCUAGGCCUGGAGGUUCUUCGGGUGCUUCGUCCCGGCGGGAGCUACUCUCUCCACAGGAGCUGCGUGAGUGGUUUUCCCGGCGCUGGAGGCGUGCUGCUGGAGCUGGAGGCACUGCGGGCGCUGGAGGUUCUACUGCUGCUGAGGGUGCUGGAGCCGCGGGUCCCGGAGGUGCUCGUACUGGGAGUACUGGAGCUGCUGGGCCUGCGGGUGCGUCUGGUGCUGGAGCUGGUGGACCUACUGCGUCUUCUGGUGGGCCGGCUGGAGCUGGAGCUGCUGGGGGUGUUGGCGCUGAGGGUGCUUCUGGUGCUGGUGCCCCUGAGGGUGCUGGAGUUGGCGCUGCUGGAGCUGGGGGUGCUGCUGGCGCUGGUGCUGUCCCUUCUGGUGCUGGUGCUUCUGAGGGUGCUGGCGUUGGUGCUGCUGGAGCUGGUGCUGCCGUUCGUGGUGCUGGCGCUGUUCCUGCUGGUUCUGGGGGUGCUGCACGGCCGCGGCCGUACUUCGUUCCGCUCCUUGAGCAGGUUCUUGGUCUUCCGCCCUCCACUAGUCCGGCUCCUCCCUUAGAGUGUCCACCGCCUGUCCGGUCUGAGUCACAGUUACAGCCUACCUCUCCUCUGCCUGCUCCUUCUCCCUACACUGGUCCUACUGGAGGUCUUGUUGAGCGGCGUGAGCCUGCGUCUCGUCCUGCGUCGCCUGUCCGUGCUGCUCGCACUGGUGGUCGUGGUUCGCGUCAGCGUCCUCCCCCCGCCCCCGGCACGCACCGAAUGUCUCUGCGUCCGUCCACUGCUCCUCUGCGUGCCCCUUUGCCUUCUCCGCCUAAGUCCUCUCUUCCUGCUCUUGCUGACCCGGAGUCAGACUCCCUUCGUGCUGCCAGUCCUACUGUCACGCGUCUCCUUGCUACUCUCGUCACUGACCCUUCCUUUGAGUCCAAUGCGGCGUCUGCCCUAGUUGCUGAGCUCGUCGACUUCGCUGCUCGCUGUCGUCUAGACCACGCUGCUAGUCUUGUUGCUGAGUCUGCGUCUGUCUGUCCUCCGUCCGUCGGGGUUGAGUGUGCUCUUGGCACGGACGUCCUUGAGGACAGACAAGAGGACCUCCAGUGUCUUGCGGCUGCUUCACCUCAUCUCGUGUCCAUGCUACUUGCCCCUGAGGGAGACCCGGAUGCACCAGACAUCCCGACUCCGCGCUCUUACGCGGAGGCGAUAGAGGGUCCCUACUCCUCUCAGUGGCAGGCAGCCAUGGACGCAGAGAUGGCUUCUUGGAAGUCCACAGGCACCUACGUUGACGAGGUUCCCCCGCCUGGGGCGAACAUCGUCAGUGGCAUGUGGAUUUUCAGGGUGAAGCGGCCGCCGGGUUCUCCGCCUGUCUUCAAGGCGCGUUACGUGGCUCGUGGCUUCAGUCAGCGGCAGGGAGUUGACUACUUUCAGACCUUCUCUCCCACCCCGAAGAUGACCACUCUUCGGGUACUGCUGCACAUAGCCGCUCACCGUGACUACGAGCUUCACUCUCUUGACUUCAGCACUGCUUUCUUGCAGGGCAGCCUGCACGAGGAGAUCUGGCUGCGCCGCCCACCUGGCUUCACUGGGACUUUUCCUCCUGGCACCCAGUGGAGCCUCCGGCGGCCAGUCUACGGUCUCCGCCAGGCACCUCGUGAGUGGCACGACACACUGAGGACUACACUUGCGGCUCUUGGGUUUGCUCCUUCUACUGCCGACCCGUCGCUGUUUCUGCGCACCGACACCUCUUUGCCGCCGUUCUACAUUCUCGUGUACGUCGACGACUUGGUCUUUGCCACAGCUGACACUGCUGGACUCGCCUACGUGAAGUCCGAGCUGCAGAAGAGACACACGUGCACAGACCUAGGUGAACUGCGCAGCUACCUUGGCUUGCAGAUCACCCGGGACAGAGCACAGCGCACCAUUACCCUGACUCAGUCACAUAUGGUGCAGCAGGUCCUUCAGCGCUUCGGCUUCACGUACUCCUCGCCUCAGGCCACUCAUCUGUCUACUCGCCACUCGCUCUCAGCUCUGCCUUCGGAUGAGUCCGUAGAGUCGAGUGGCCCGUACCCAGAGCUUGUUGGCUGCCUCAUGUACCUGAUGACCUGCACUCGACCUGACCUUGCAUACCCUCUUAGCAUUCUGGCACGCUAUGUUGCUCCUGGGAGACACAGACCAGAGCACAUGGCUGCAGCGAAGAGGGUGUUGCGCUACUUGUGCAGUACGUCGGGCAUGGGGCUAGUGCUUGGAGGGCGGAGUCCAGUGGUCCUCACUGGUCACGCAGACGCUUCUUGGGCUGACGACCAGGCUACGCAGCGGUCGUCACAGGGUUACACCUUCAGCCUUGGUUCCGGCUCUGUUUCGUGGCGGUCUACCCGCUUGUCUUCUGUUCUCGGCUCCAGUUGUGAGGCUGAGAUCUACGCAGGGGCCAUGGCUGCACAGGAGCUACGCUGGCUCACCUACCUGCUGACUGACCUGGGAGAGCCGCCUCGUUCUCCUCCAGUUCUGUACGUAGACAACAAGGCCAUGCUGGCCUUGUGUCGGGAGCACAGACUGGAGCACAGAACGAAGCACAUCGCUCUUCGCUACUUUCUUGCUCGUGAGCUGCAGCAGCGCGGUCAGCUGCGCCUUGCUUACGUGGCCUCUGAGGCCAACACUGCUGAUAUCUUCACCAAGGCACUCGCGCCUUGUGAUCAUCAGCGCUUCUGUACUCUGUUAGGUCUUGUGCCUACCUUGCCUCACUUGCUCACUUCUUGA